GCCUAUUUCACUAUCGCCCACACGCACGCUCUCUAUCCUAUGAAUCAAAACACCCUUUAACUAUUGGGUAAGAGCGCCAAGCCUACCAUGUCCGCCAUCCUCCUGUUCUGCACUUCAAAAGUCCGCGCGAGCGUAAUCAACCGACUGAUGACAGAAUGUGCUAUACCUGACGACGCAUUCAACAUCUUUAGUCUAGUCCGCACCCCAAACCAGGAAGCCUUAGACGAAUGGAAUACUCAGACCCCCGUCCAAGACUUCAACACCGGCUUUGAAGGUAAAAGCGACGACGAGCUGCGCAGAUUCUUCCAAGAUCGCCUCGAUAAACACACUGAUACCCAGACAACGAGUAUUUCUGACUCGUGGUUUGCGGUGCUGGACGAUAAAUCGCCGUCACAGAACGCAGUGGCCCUACACUAUACAUACGACAAGUCAAGCUGGGGACCAAAUCCGAUUCCUGGGUCUGCAGAGGUAUUCGAUGAUGUGAUCUGGUGGAAGUGGAGGGUGCCCUUCCAGUCAGCUUGGACGUUCUGGAAUGCGGUCGGCAGUAUUGGGGCUGAUGCUAUUGAAAUCUAUUCAAGGCCUGAGUAUACGAGCUCGGACGGUGUUCUGCAGACGGAAAUUCCCGAAAAGAUCAUUAAUGGGGAGAUUGAGGAUCCACAUGCUUAGCCCCCUUUCCCUUAUUUCACCUUCUUAUCUUCUCCUUUUUUUUUUUUUUAUAGCAACCAGCGGCACUUCAUCAUGGAUGUCAUUGGAUUGUAGUGAACCCAAGAACGGUGCUUAUAUGGUUGAUACCUGAGCUCAGCUCUCAUACGUAAUGGAGCAGGUUGGUUUUUUUUCGCUUUCUUCGCUUCCUGCAUCUAUUAGAUUGUAAUAUGGAAAUAAGGCCGAGACAGCUGUUGAAACAUUGAGGUAAUACUACCAAUACAAUGAGGAAAUUCGUUGGGCUAUUGUAUGUUACUACAUGUUGGAUUGUAGGAUUGGGG